AUGUCCCUGUCCCUGGGCUGCCUGCCCACCACGCGUCGAGGCCUGCGGCAGCCCGGGAGGGGGAACCACAAGGCUUUGAAGGCGCUGACAGCAGCACUUGGCCCCCAGCCGGCUGCGCACCCACUCGAGUUCCCUCCACGUGGCCACCACCGACACAGCCUCAGUGACAGCAACAGCCUCACUGACAGCGACAGCCUCAGCCUCUCCUCUCCAGGGCAGCCACCAGCCCCAGCCAGGACAGAACAGCCCCUGCAGGCCUCCCUGCCAGCCUUCAGCCUGCUAGUGUCAGACUGCUCUCCCUGCCGCCUCCAAAAUUCAAGACACUGGAUCAGGCCAGCUCCCGCCCACCCCGCUCGUCCCUUCUCGGCCGCCGCGCACAAGCCCGGCCCGGGACUGCGCACGGGUGCCCCGCGUGGGCCAGCCCGGGACUCGCACAGGGGCACAAACACACCCCGCCGUCCUCCAGACCUGGACCUGCCGCGGCCAGAGCGCCCACCGAAUGAACGGCUUCGGGCCGCAGCUACAGUGACUCUGUGUCGCCUCCUCCCGGACGCCUUCCGGGCUCUCCGCCCUCCUCCCGGCUUCUCUGCUCCCACCUCCACCCCCGCCUCUGGCCUCUGCUCACACGCACAGCCCCAAGCUCAGCUCCACCCGCGCUCUUGUACCAAAGAAGGGGAGAGGGCAUGGCUCUGUCCAAGACGGGCGCAGGCCCUCUCCAGACGCCCUCAUCCCCACCGCAUUACAAGCCUUUACCAGCUGUGCGGCCUUGAACCCAUGACCGCAGACUCUGCCCCUGUCUCCUCAUCUGUGCGACAGGAAUGAUGCAGAGGGUCGUUCUGAGGAUUGAACGAGGGUCUCCUUGAAUAGGCUUAGAGCAGCAGCCAGUAAACCCGGAAAAUUAUUAGUAUUAGUCAGUAUCAGUCGCGGUCGCGCUGCUGUGUCACCCAAGGCAAGACGCCUCACUCUACGAGCUCAGGCUUCUCUGGAAAAAGGGUGGCUUUGCUGCCUCCUGAGGUGUGUGGGAGGCGUCCAUAAGAUCUCUGGGAAUAAGUAGUAGCCUCCUCAGCUGCCAUCCAACCCAAAACACAGGUGAAUUAAUCUGGAAAUGCAUUAAAAAUGCAGGUUCCUGGGCCCCACAUCCACCCUACUGAAUCAAAAUCUCAGCAGGCAGGGCCCAAGAACCUACAUUUAACAAACACCCAGAGACUCUGGCGCUCCCUGACAAAAAGGAUAAUGCUCCAUUUCUUAGUAUAGUUCAUGGUCUUGCGUGGUUGAUGUCCAAACUACGUUCCCAACUCAUCUUCCGAAAAUCCACGGCCAGGCUUUCUGACGUUGACUCACGUGUUCUCCCCACCUGGGCUGCCCCCUC